AUGCUGGAGCAGAUCCGUAGUACUCAGUUACUCUCACAGCCCGUCUACACUGACACAGGAAAUGCCAACGGAAUCUCUUUACAUGAUUUAAAAUCAUUGCAAAAGCAAUGGCUGACAGUGUUUGAUUGGGAAAGCGAGCAACAGGAAAUAAACAAAUUCAAGCACUACACGACCCUAAUCGAAGGCUUGACCAUCCACUUCGUCCACGAAAAGUCAAACGCAACGGAUGCAAUACCGCUCGUUCUUCUCCACGGCUGGCCUGGUUCCUUCCUCGAAUUCACUCCUAUCAUCGAAGAGCUGACCAAGCAAGCGACAACGGCCACCGGCAAAAAAGUAGCAUUCGACGUAAUCGUGCCCUCUUUACCAGGAUUUGCCUUUUCGUCCGCUCCUCCUGUCAAGUGGACAAUUUCCGACUCUGCACGUAUAAUCAACACCCUAUUAACGCAGGUCUUACAUUACGAUACCUACGCUCUAUUUGGAACCGAUUUCGGUGCUGGUAUCGGCUAUGACCUCUACGAUCAGUACAACGCAACCGUUCGCGCAGCUCAUUUGGCGUUUCUGCCGUUUCUGCCUCUGAACUCUGCACAACUUGAUGCUCAGAAUAUCACCCUCAACUCACUGGAAGCAUUUGAGGAGUCUGUAACAACGGAAUGGAGUACCACUGGAGAGGGCUACUUUCUUGAGCAGACAACUAAAGUAUGUCACCCCCUUCCAAUUAAGGGUAAUCUAAUAAAUACUCACCAUUCUGAUCAAACAAAAGCCCAACACAAUUGGAUAAGCCCUUCAGGAUAA